UUUUUUUUCUUAGUUGAUUAAACUAACGUUGAAACAAACGCCAUUUGUAAAAUGAGCAAAAUUCGAGAAUUGGAGCCAAAGACCUUACAGGUUGAAGGAACUAUGAACAAUAACACCAUUUCAAAACGAACAAUUAUUAUAUUCAUUUCUGCUUUUCUUGUUACUGUCGGUGGAAUCUCGUACGAGAUAACAGGAUUUUGCUCUCAAAUGGCGCAGCGACUUGCGGAAAAUGAGAAACUGAUGACUGACCUUUCGAACAAAAACGUAAAGUUGUCUUUGUACAUCGAAGAUCUUAAAAAUAUCUUGAGACAAAAAGACGAAUACAUACAGGAAAAUCGGAAACAGCUGACUGAACUCUUGAACAAAAUCGAAAAGUUGACACUGCACACCCAAUAUCUUGAGAAUACCAUAAAGCAAAAGGACGAAUACAUGGAACAGCGCGAAGUGGAAUAUAGAAAACUGAUAUAACUGAUCUGUUGAACAAAAUCGAAAAAUUGACUUCUGACAACAAAAACUUUAAAGAUACCAUAAAGCAAAACGACAGGGAUAUGGAACAGCGCGAAGAGAAAUAUAGUAAACAGAUAACUGAUUUGUCGAAUAAAAUCGAAAGGUUGACUUCUGACAACGAAAACUUCAAGGAUACAAUAAAGCAAAACGACAGAGAUAUUGAACAUCUGCUAAGAGAAACAGAGAGUGUAAAACAAUGGGGUUUCAUGGAUUACGCCAAGGCUGCAGGUACUAUGGGUGUUUUAUCCUACUUCGGUCUUCCUGCAAUCGGAGUCAAGAUAGGAGGCGAAGCAGCACUUGCCAUAGGGAAGUCCACUCUCCCAAUGAUUGGAAUGGCGUAAUUUUUUUGAUGCUUGACUUAUACACCCUAAUGCUGACCUUAUACAUUUGUCUUGUCUUUAUUUAGUGUGGUGCUUUAGACUAGAGUAUAAAACAUAGAUUUUCAAAGUGCUCUAUUCGGAGCUUCAGGGUUUCAUAACGGAAACCGCGAGUUAUACUUAUUAAAACACUGACUUGGCUAAUUAACAUUUGCCAUCGGUAGAGUCGAAAUGUGGCAACUAGACGUUAUUAUAAAUAUGCCGUUGUCUAUAAGUUCCAAUGGAUGAUGUCAUAUUUCAACUAACGCCUUGGUUAACGCCUUCAUUGUGUAAGUACUAAUGUAUCGUAUUUUUUAUUGGCAUAAACUUAUUGUGGAGCUCCGUAAAUAAUGGUCAACCUCUUCACGGACUCCAUAACACCAAAAGUCGGAAAACCCCUGCUGUAAAAUGUUCAGUUUGUUGUUAGACUUGACUGUGUUGGUUGCAUGUUAGACAUCAUGCAUUCAUAUCCCAUGCUCCCAUCUCGUCCAUGGUAUAAUAAAUUGGUUUAUAAUUAUAAAAGCUCUCGUUUGCUACCCAAGCCCUGAUCACAGUUAUUUAAUAAAAAAAUCUGAUUCUUACAGAUGAAAUUGAAAUAUAAAUCGACAGUUCCUUUAGAUCAGGGAUUUGCAACAGGCGGCCCGCAGGCAACAGCCCGGCACGCUACGCCAAUCAUCGUGGCCCUUGUCAACACUCAAAUUUUCCCCAUCGAGCAUAAAUUCUAAUCCGACAGUUUAUGUUUUAAAAUGCGCCCGCAAGGAUAAAUAUUUUUGCUUUUGUCGCUUUGUUAAAUCUUCCAUCGUUUUGCCAAGUGUCUUUAUUACUGGAAGGCUAAGCGAUAGCAGCAUUCGCUCAUCUUGCAUUUCCCGUGACGUUCUGGUUUAAUUUUUAUUUCAUUUUUAAUUCGUUGUGCAAAUGAAAAAACUAAUUUUUUGUUUGACCCGGUUAGAUGUCUAAAGUUAGUUAUAUGGCCCAACUACAAAGUGUUGCACACAACUGCCCUAUAGAUGAAUUUAAGAAGUCCAAACUGCAAAACCUCAUGCAGUUUAUGUACGUAAAUGUAACACUAACCAAUAUAUCUUUUUUUUUUGUUAGUCGUUCAUCUGUAAUACUAACAUGAUAAUAUGCCUGUGCAUCGAUAUUAUAAUGACAUUUCAUACUUGGUUAGAAUGGCAAACUGUAAGAUGGUAGUGCUGUAGUUGAUGGUAUUAGUUUGAACCUGUUAUAAUCUUAUUACUUCCUGAACUAUGUGUCUGAAAUGCUUCGAAUAUUAAUGUAGAUAAAAGUAAUAAAAUAUCCCUAGUAUAAAA